CCACCCACCACGACAAGUCUUCGCCAGGACCCAAGACACUUCCUCUUCCCCUGUCUCUCCCUGACGCAUCCCCACCCCAGGCCCUACCCACCGUCUGCAAUGCCCACAGGAACGUCCAGCCCAGGCUGGGAAACGGAAGACCCAAAGGAGGCACGUUUCCAACAGCAGUAGGAGGGCGUGGUGAUGAGAAAGAGCUGGUGGAGGUGAGUACCAGCUAUUGGAAGCCCAUUGCUGAGAUUAGCAGGGGAAGGACGUGAUGAAGAAAACGCAGAAUGCUGCUUCACGGCUUAGAGGAAGCUUAAAACCAGCGCUUCCCGGGUUCUGUCGGCCUGUCUCGGUUCCCACACCCCGAAGCUGGCAAGGCCUUGAAGCGAAGAAGUCAGAGAGGAGACCCGGAAGUGGUGCGGACCUGCGAGCACGUGAUGGGGGAAGCCGCCGGCGCUGUCACGUGACCAGCCAACCUGUUGUUCCUUGGUGCGGAAAGCUCAGCUGCUCUUAAAGACCCUCACCCGCCCCAUCGGAGCCGACUGUGAACUCUCGUUGCCUUUGGACCCUGCUGUGGACCUGACCUUGGUAUCAUGAGCGGCUCUGCCGGCUCGCGGCAGCGGCGCCUUUUGGAUUCCGAGGGGGAGGAGACCGCCCCGGAAUCUCGGCCCCCUCUGCGGGAUCGCCAGGGCGCCCAUUGGAAGAACGCGAUGGGCUUCUGGCUCCUGGGCCUUUGCAACAACUUCUCUUACGUGGUGAUGCUCAGUGCUGCUCAUGACAUCCUCCGCCACCAGAGAGCACCCGGGAACCAGAGCCUCGUGGACCCAGACCCACUGCCUGCCCCCCAUAGUAACUCAUCUCGAUUUGACUGCAACUCCAUCUCCACAGCUGCGGUGCUCCUGGCAGACAUCCUCCCCACGCUCGUCAUCAAAUUACUGGCUCCCCUUGGACUUCAUCUGCUGCCCUACAGCCCCCGGGUUCUCGUCAGCGGGGCUUGUGCGGCUGGAAGCUUCAUCCUGGUUGCCUUUUCUCACUCGGUGGUGACGAGCCUGUGUGGCGUGGUCUUGGCUAGCAUCUCCUCGGGACUGGGGGAGGUCACCUUCCUCUCCCUGACCGCCUUCUAUCCCAGGGCUGUGAUCUCCUGGUGGUCCUCAGGUACGGGUGGAGCGGGGCUGCUGGGAGCGCUGUCGUACCUGGGCCUCACGCAGGCUGGCCUCUCCCCGCAGCACACCCUGCUGUCCAUGCUGGGCGUCCCCGCCCUGCUGCUGGCCAGCUAUUUCUUUUUGCUCACGUCUCCUGAGCCCCAGGACCCUGGAGGGGAAGAAGAGGCAGAGAGGGCAGCUCGGCAGCCUCUGAUGAGCAGUGAGGCCCCAGAAGAGUCAAAGCCAGAUGCCAGCCCCACCCUCUCCCUUCAGGAAAGAUGGACUGUGUUCAAGGGCCUGCUGUGCUACGUCAUCCCGUUGGUCCUGGUCUACUUUGCCGAGUAUUUUAUCAAUCAGGGACUUUUUGAGCUCCUCUUCUUCCGGAACACAUCCCUGAGUCACGCUCAGCAGUACCGCUGGUACCAGAUGCUGUAUCAGGCCGGCGUCUUCGUCUCCCGUUCUUCUCUUCGCUGCUUCCACAUCCGCUUCAUCUGGGCCCUGGCCCUGCUGCAGUGUCUCAACCUGGCCUUCUUGCUGGCGGACGUGGUGCUCAGCUUCCUGCCCAGCAUCUACUUCGUCUUCCUGAUCAUUCUGUAUGAGGGGCUCCUGGGGGGUGCUGCCUACGUGAACACCUUCCACAACAUUGCCCUGGAGACCAGUGACCGGCACCGGGAAUUUGCCAUGGCGGCUGCCUGCGUCUCCGACACCUUGGGAAUCUCCCUGUCAGGACUCGUGGCCCUCCCUCUGCACAACUUCCUCUGCCGCCUCUCCUGACACUGGGCUUCUUGGGACACAGGAUACACUGACCAGGGCCCACACUGACCAGCAGGCAGGUCAGAGAGCCCUGCACACAGCCCACAGCCCACCCGUGAACUCUGCCCACAGGCGUCCCGCACGGCGGGGGGCUGGGCUGUACAGAAGUUACGAGAUCCCUGGACGAGCAGCUGUCGUUGGGCAGUUUCUUCUUGGCGUUCUGCCCUCAGAAUAAAGGCCUAUUUUAUCAA